CCCUGUUCCCCCACUGCAGCCUCGCCGUCCCCAAGCUGCUCCUGAAUCAUGGCACCCACGGCGCUGGCCCUCAUCCUGGGUGAGUGACGAUGGGGACGUGGUGCCACGGGGGGUUGGUGGCCCUGUGUGACACCAGGACCGUGUCCCUUGCAGGUUGGUGGCUGGUGGCAGCGAGCGGAGAACAGAAAUUGCCCCGACCCUCCCUGUCGCUGCACCCCAGCCAGGGGAUAGAAGUGGGGGACGCUGUCACCCUAAGGUGCCACCUGCCUCGGUUGGAUGCCUGGGUCUGGCUGUACAAAGGCGGACUUAGGACAUAUCGCAAGUACAAGGACAAGGAGCAGGACACUGCAGAGUUCUUCUUGAGCCCAAAUUGGGAGCACACAGGUUCGUAUCGGUGUCAGUAUCAGCUGUAUUGGACAGCAGAGACAUCGGAGCUGAGCGACCCCGUGGAGCUGGUGCUGACAGAUCACAGCUUCCCCCCACCCAGCAUUUCCCUGAGCCCUGCAAAACGUGUGGGGACAGGGACCAAUGUCAGCAUCCAGUGCUGGAACCAGGGCUAUGGGGGCUCCUUCCUCCUGCACAAGGAUGGGUGCUCAGCCCCCAUCCAGUGCCAGGAGCUCCUCGGGGAGGACAAGGCCACCUUCACCAUCCUUGGGGUGACCCCGGCUGACAGCGGCACCUAUAGGUGCUCCUACCGCCCCUGGGCUCAGCGCUUCCUGUCCUCACCCAUUGGGAACAACGUGACUCUGGAGGUGGCACCCACACCUGCACCCCCAGGUGCUGCAGGCCGUUCCCAUGGGAUCCCGGUGGUGGCGGUGGUUGGGGGCUGCUCUGCUGCCUUCGUCUUCAUCCUUGCCCUUGUCGCCUUCUUCCUCCUCGCUGCCCGCCGGCGUCGGAUGCGGAGAGAUGAGAGCCCAGGAGCCCCUGCAGAAAAGCCUGAGGACGAGGAGUUCCAGGCGGCUUCCAGUGACAGCGAGGGUCUGACCUACAUGGAGCUGCAAGCCGUGACCCCCGGCGCUCAGCCCCCCAACCCCGCCGUUGACCCCCAGCCCUCUGUGAUCUACGCCGAGGUGGCAGCUGGGAGGCGCCGCUGA